AUGCAUAUUACUUCUCCUCUCUUAUGGGUUGCCGCCUUGGUAACCCCUGGUCUUUCUCAGAUUACUCUAGGAACCGCUGCACCCUACGGUGCCUUAGCUGAAACCGGCAUCACCAAUGCUGGACUCACCGUCAUCACCGGCAACAUCGGUACCACUGGCGCCUCGAUCAAUGGAUUUCCUCCUGGAAUCGCGACAGGCACAACCAAGGCUGCCACUCCGGAUGUAUUCCAAGCAAGAGCCGAUGCUCAUACGGCUUACACUACCGCCAAUGGACUCACCGGAGGUAUUGAUUCCACCGACAGUUCGGAACUUGGUGGUCGUAUUCUUACUGCGGGCAUUUACAAGUAUACCAGUGGGGUAUCUCUCCAUGGAGUCUUGACACUUGAUGGUGCUGGUAGAUCGGAUGGUACAUGGGUUUUCCAGAUUGGUUCUACCUUGGUUACGGGCGCCUUAGCAUCUGUCAAUCUCAUCAAUGGUGCUUCAGCAUGUAACAUCUUUUGGGCCGUUGGUAGUUCAGCAACAAUCGGUUUAAAAAGUGCCUUCGCAGGCAACAUCUUAGCAUUCGCAUCUAUCAACUUAGCCCUCGGAGCUUCAAACAAUGGAGGUCUCCACGCAGGUGCCGCCGUCACUUUAAGUAGCAAUAGAAUCGCAGCACCAACUUGUAUUUCCCUUGGCAGUAGAGCAACUGCUUCGCUUUCGCUUACCCAGGCGGCGGAAACUACUUCGGUUGCAAAACCUACCUCGACCCCAUCCAGCAAAACAACCCUCGUAACUUCCAUCGUCAAACCAACCUCCGUUUCCGCAUCGACCAGUCAGAAACAUACGAGCGCGAGCAAGAGUAAGGUUGCGGAGCCUACUAGUUAUGGAUAUGGAUAUGGGUAUUAG